AUGCCUCCCAACACAGACCUUGUCAGCACAGACGUCGUCGGCACAGACGUUGUCGGCACAGACGUUGUCGGCACAGACGUUGUCGGCACAGCAAAGCGUGGACGCCCGUCGACAUUUGGCCUGAUACAAUGUGGCCACUGGGACACUAGACAGCCUCUCUAUAACGGGCUCCGCAACGACGUGAACUACACUCCAAGCCGCAUGAACAAGUUUCUCAACAACGAGCUUUUCAUAUUCUUCGCCGUCUUUGGUUGGGACGACCCGGAACAAACCACCAUACGUCUUCAGGACACGACUGAGGAGUCAAUAAAUGCACGUAAAGCGGAAAUACGGCAGAUCGAGGAGAAGGCGAAGAGUGUCAAAGACGCGAACGAACAGGAUCUGGCGCGUGACACGCUGGUGAAGCGUGUUCGUACAAACAUGGCGCAACGCUUUCUUUCAAAGUAUACAGGUCCUAAGAAGAAGACCGCCGCAUCGAAAGUCACCGUGUCCGCUGGCGAGCGCUCGGCUUCAGGCAUCCAGAAGCUCCUCCAGACCUAUAUGGAAAAGCCAACGCUCCGACAUCAAUGCCAGGUUUGGGCGAGCUCGCAUCCCCACUUCGAGGCCCAAGUAGAUCAACGCCUGACGGAAGUAAGGCUGGAGAAGGGUGAUCCUGAUUACCCUCGCAUUGGCCUAUGGAACACCAUGGCCAGCCAAGGCUACGCUGCGGCCGAUGACUCGGAGAAGGAGAAAACGGUCAGGAAGGCGAAGGAGAUCCUUGAGAAAGAGAUGAAGGGCUGGGAGAAGACCACUACGCCGCCGAAGUCGGUGGCCGAAGCGAUUGAGUUCAUGGAGGCGUCCAAAUCCUUCUUAGAGGAUCUCAUGCAAUUCUUCGCCGAGCGAAGCGGGGGCAUGGCUGUCAUGGUAUUGGCUGGAGCAGGAAAAGUCUUGUUGUCGCAAGGAACGUGUGACGUAGCAGGGAUCCCCAAAGUGCUCUACGGUGACAUCGCAGAUGAGAAACCACUGUUGUUAGGACUAGCAGGACGGAUUCACACUCAGGCGUGCCUGGUCAGCGAAUCGAAGUGGGGUGUGCGCCUGUCCGACGGGACUCCAGCGAUAGCUCGUCCCGCGCAGAAGUUGGACCAAGGGAUCGACGUGUCUUUGGAAGACCCGAAGAGCAAACCUAUCACUUCAUUUGGCCCCGCUGCUAGCGACGUCGCGCUUAUGACACCACGUGAUAGUUCUCAAGAACACCGUCCUGCCGACGUCCCCACCAACUUGCCUCCGGAGACGCAGAUACCAGACGCAAGCGCCUUUUCGUCGUCGGAUGGAGCGAAACACGUCGUCGUGUCGACGAACAAGGGAGGGCACGAGCUAGAUUGGGAUGACACCUCCAAUGCGACCUCUAGUCCGAGGAUCGAGACAGGUGUCGGCGACGUCGGUAGUUCUUCGAACUUCGGGAGUAUGUGCACGGUCAGGAUCGAACAGCAUCCCGAGAACGAUCUCAUCGCGGGGGAUCGGGCGAUCGGCGCUUCUAUGGCAACACACGACAAUGUUCAUGAACCCGACGACGACGUUAGACGUCCGCAGCCACGGCCAAGGCCCACAGUGCGAGGGAAGGCGACUCAGAUCCCAGUGAAUACCGCCGUGGACCAGCUCAUGGAGACGCCUGCUGGGAUCACGAGCGGGAUCACAGCGCUGGAGCAGAGGGUUAGCGCAAUGUCUCUGAAGGCAACAGUGUCGCAAGCGCAGAAUUAUCAGAAGCAGGAUGACGCAGAACGGCCCGGCAAAGGGCAGGUCAACACCUUGGACAACACUCAAAACCAAAGGGCGGGCUCGCUUUCUCGGCUUGUCUCGCUUGGUCCGGCAACGAAUCUGUUCGCAUAUCAAUUAAGCGCUAGCAACAUCGCGAGCCUAAACUUGAAGGAGUACAAACAAUGCUGCGCCCAGGAUGGAAACACAAUUGAAGGAAGGAAGAAAUGGUUCGCCCAAUGCGCGAUGACCAACUUCUUCCUAAACGUCCCGAAAAAGUUGGAGCACAAAGUCGAUCUUGCGCUUGCUUGCGCUGUGGUACGUGCAUACAUGAAUCUCGAGCUGAGUGGUGAGGAAGACACAGAACUCGACCUCUCUAGGUACCAGGUCGGUCACAAAACGCAGCCAGAGUAUGUGGAGGCGCUACAGGGAAGAAGCUUGACCAAUAUAACCCGAAUGACAUGGCACAAGAAGAGUGUACCAGGCCAAGCGCGCAAGGCUAUGCAGCUCGACCAGAAUAUUGGCUCGCUUCUGGGGAAUCAAUGGGCCUGCCAGCAAGCUGACGUUCGUCGCAAGAGCGAUGGUACGCUGUGCCUCAGAGCGGACUCGAGCAUGGACUGGGGCAAGCGUCUUGCACCCGGAAUCAGCGGCGUGCGGCUCCUCGUACUGACACUGCUUUGCUGGGGUUCGGAGAUAGACAUUCAGGCGGGGGAUGAGCGAAGGCAGUGGAACGAGCUCGCUAAGGACUUUUCCGAUGUCUUAAGCAUACUCGUAGUUCAGGCAGCCCCUUAUCGGGCACCGGAGGCAGAACUGGUGGGAGCAGGGGCCGAUGCCGAGAAGAGGAAGAAGUGA